AUGGCAUCCUCUCCAGCAGACGAGGUCGCCAGCCUGCCUCCAGAGGCGCGCACCGAGAGCCCAACCAAGAACUCCGCGGACGAGCCAGAGAAGAAACCAGCAUUGGACCCCAAGAUAACCGAGGCCGAGGAAACCAAGCCAACAGAAGAGCACGCGAGUGACUCCCCACCUUCCGAUGCGGCGCGUUCCAAGGGCGAAUACUCCGAUCCCGAAUCCGACUCCGAACCCGGUGAGACACACCCACCACUCCCCAAUGAACCUCUCCCAUCCGAUUCAGGAGCCCCCCCACUCCCCGACGAGCCCGUACCCGAGCCCGCAGACGACGGCUGGGACUUCCACUGGAACCCCAAUGACCAGUCGUACUGGUUCUACAACCGCUUCACAGGUGUCUGGCAGAAGGAGAACCCGCGGGUAGCAGCAGAGCCAACCGCGCCAGGGACCACAUCCGGCGCAUCAACAGUACCAUCAGCACCACCGCCAGCACCAGCACCGGGAACAGCACCAUCAACAGAAUCAGGAGGAGCGCCGCCCCCGCUACCCACCGACGCCCCCGGCGCACUCAGCAAUCCAACCUCCAUCGCAGGCGGCUACAACCCGGCCAUCCACGGCGACUACGACGAAAAUGCCUGGUACGCCCAAGCCCUACGACCCCCUCCGGACUCCACCACCCUCCCUCCAGGCACCACCACCGCCGCCCCCGACAACGAAGGCAACGAAUACCUCACAACAGGCUACUUCAACCGCCACACAGGCCAAUGGCAAAACCCCGACGACCCCGUCAACGGGCAGAGCGUGGAGCGGCACUCAGACGAGUCCAAGGCCCGAAGACAGAUGCGGGCGUUUUUUGACGUCGAUGCCGCUGCGAACUUGCACCAUGACGGACGGAGUUUGAAAGCGGAGCGUGCGGGGAUUAAACCGAGUCGGGCGGAGUUGAAGGCGUUUAAGGAGAGGAGGAAGAAGAAGAAGGAGGAGAAGCGGAGGGCUUGGUUGAGGGAUUGA